AUGCUGCAGGCACACGGCGCCGACGCGGCGACGUGGACGGUGAUGGGCGACGACUGCAUCAGCAUGGGGCGCAGCAAGGGGCUGCCCGAGGACCUGCUCCACGAGCUCGCGCGCAACCAGGCGGCCAGCACCCGGCGGCGCGACUUCCGCGGCGACGAGCGGGCGGUGCGCGCCCAGGAGGAGCACGCGAAGCACUGCUCUUGCUGCCAGCGGAGGCGGUCGGAGGCCGGCGCGGGGGAUGAGCCGCCCGCACUCGAGGAUGCGGUCGUGGAGCUCGCCGUGGCGCUCGGCGCUGCGGCCGCCGAUUCGGACGAGGCGCUCAGCGCGGCGCUCCUCUCCGCGACCGGCCUCGACACGCCGAUCCUGCGGCACGCGAUCGAGUUCAGCCUGCGCAUCGCGGAGCAGCUGCUGCGCGCCGCGCGCGACGAGGCUCUCGGCCGGUGCUUGGGCAAGGGCGCCAAGGGGCGCGCCCGCCGGCCGGUGCGGAUGGUUGCGGGCGCCGUCUUGGCCGCCGUGAAGAGCGAGGGGGUCGUCGAGGCGCUCGUGCUGAGCGGGCAGUCGAUCGGCUCUCUCGUGGCUGCGGCGGACGCCCACGUCGCGGCUGCGUUGGUCGUGCGCUGGCCGGCUUCCCUCUGCGACGCGGCGGUGUGCGAGCGGCUGUGGGCGACACUGACUCGCACGGGCAACGGCUGGCAUGCGGCCGUGGGAGAGGUGAAGGCGCGGCAGAAGCGGUACGGCGGGCCGAGGGUCGCUGCGUGGGCGCGCGCGCUGCGCUGGGCUGCCACCGUCGGCUUUGAGGGUUGGCGCCCCGCCGCGUGCAGCUUGCUUGACGAGGCGGCGGCGUGCGCGUCGCUCGCUCACCUGCUGGACGCGCUCUCGACGCGAGGCGCGGAGGUUGUGCCGCCGGCUCUGGCCGAGCUCCUCACCGAUCGAUACGGCGAGUGGCCGUGCGCGCCUCGCGCCGCGCCGUCGCUUGCGGCUGCGGCUGCGCCCGCGAUCGCGCCCCCGCCACCCCUCGACAUCGAGUCGCUUCCCGCUGCGACCCUCGAGCAGGCGGGGACACUCCCGCGCGGGGAGCAGCUGUCGAUGGCACGCCUCUGCGACAUGCUCGCUGUGCACGGGCGUGGGGCUUGGGUGAUCGACGCCCUCGGCCACCCGGCGCGGCGCGCGGUGGGCGAGCUGCUGCGGUGGGCCCUCAACGGCGACCCGGCGGACGACGACGCGGUCGCCGUGCUGGGAUUCGCUUUCCAGGGCGACCUCAGUGUGUUGCGCCCGAUCUGCGGCGGUGACUUGCACGCGCGCGCGCUCGUCGACCUGCAGCAGUUGGCGCGCCAAGGCCGGGAGGACUCGCAGCCGUCGCUGCGGAGGGUGUGCGCGCGCACGCUCGGCAAGGCGCUCGACAAAGCGGAGCAGUGCAGCGAUUGGGCGCGCCGUCCGCUGCUGCCCGCGCAGAUUCGGUACGCCGCGCUCGAUGCCGCGGUGCUGCUCGACAUCCACGACGCGCUGCUCAAGCGGGGCGAGGCGCGGCAGGACGGCGCGGAGCGCGAGGUGCUCCGCGCCGUCCUCGCGGCCUCGCACGUGUUUCUGUCGGAGGCGUCUGAGCAAGCGCUUGGGAGCUUCGUUGUGACUCAAACACACCCCAGCGCCCGCUCCGGAACGCGGAAGGUCACAGCGACGGGGCACGGGCACGCGUGUCACAUCCAAGCGUGGCGGCCCAAAUCGCUUCUAAUCGCUUAA